AUGCAAGAGGAUGAAUGGUCUUUGGAUAAACUUAUGACAAUCUUUCGACAGGAAUUAGAGGCUAGAGAAAGAGCAAAUCUGCAGUGUUUACCUUCGUCAAAGUUCAGUUAUCAACGAACUAAACCGGGAACAGCUGCUGCUCUUUUCGCGGGACUGCAUGACACUACCUGUUCUUAUUGUCAAGGAAAGCACUUAUCUGCAAACUGCAAGACAGUGACUAAUGUAGCUGCAAGGAGAGAUAUUCUGAAACGAAGUGGACGGUGUUUUGUAUGUUUAAGAAAAAACCAUAUUAGUAGGAAAUGCCAAUCGAACAUCAAUUUUUUUUAAAUGUGGUAGACGACAUCAUGGAAGUCUGUGCAUGGGCGGCCAACUCCGACAACAACACCCUAAUUCUGACCCACCAGCCAACCAGCAAGAACCUCGGCAUCCACGUCAGCCCGCAACAGAGACUGAGAAAAGGGACGAAACCGGAAUUGGUGCAAAGAAAUUACAAGCACAACCGAACAGAGAAGGAGAUCAACAACAACAACGGCAGCAAGCUACUACAAGUCAAACCUUGUAUGUUGGGACAAGAGCAUCCAUCUUGUUGCAGACAGCGAAGGUCAACAUAUACAAGCCCGGAAUGCUGGAAAACAGAGUAAAUGCUCGACUUAUACUGGAUAGUGGGAGCCAACGUUCUUUCGAGACAACCAGAGUGAAGAAUCAAUUAAACCUUGAUGCAGAAGGGACAGAAAACAUCAUGAUUAAGACAUUCGGAGGCGAAGCAGAGGAACUACAAACAUGUGAAUUUCUGCACUUCAACAUUGAGACAGUAUCUACUUAUCCCGAUCUUUCACUUACAGCAUUUGUAGUACCCACAAUUUGUCAACCUUUCAGACACCAAACCACCCUAGCGGCACAGGAAAUUUACCAUCAUCUCGAAGGUCUUAAGAGGCCGUCUCCGUAA